UACGCAUAUAACAUUUGACGUUCGAUUCAAAGAAUAUAUUACGCCGUAACAAACAGACUGUUUUAUAUAUUACAGCAGAUAUGGCUCCUGGCAUUAGAGAGUUUGCAGAGGUAGAGGUGCCGGAGCAGCGAAUUGAGGUGUCAAAGUCUUCCAAAUUGGAUGCUUCGAAGCCCUUGAAUCAGAAUGAGUAUAAUAAAGGUGGACGGGAGGAGAUGAACGGCUGGUCAGAUAAGACGUCCGCCGCCGGUAAGAAUAGUAAUACUACAGAUGAUGAUGAUGAGACUCCUGUGUUUACUAUGCCGUCGAUGCAUAAGCUCCGUGAAGCUCAGCGGCGGGUUGAGCGUGACUUUCGAUCGGAUACGGUGACAGUGCCGACUGUCAAUAUGAUUCAGGCCAUGAUCGAAUCCUCUUUCCAAGACGACAUGUACGACGCAACUGGCGAUGAAUCCGUCAACCGUCUACAGCAACGUCUAAUCGAAUUAACCGGCAAAGAAGCAGCCAUGUGGGCUCUUUCCGGGACAAUGGGGAACCAAAUCUGUCUCCGAACCCAUUUGACGCAACCCCCCCAUACGGUUCUGCUCGAUUAUAGGGCUCAUGUCCAUUGUUGGGAGACUGGUGCUAUGCCGGUCAUGUCGCAGGCUUCUGUGACUCAGGUGCAUCCUAAGAAUGGGUUGCAUUUGACGGUGGAUGAUGUCAAGAAGCACAUAAUCGCCGAUGGGAACAUUCAUUUCCCGCCAACCCGCGUGGUCUCAUUGGAAAAUUCAUUAAGCGGCACCAUUCUACCCCUUAAAGACGCCAAGGAAAUCUCAGAAUUUGUUCGCAACUUCCCCGUUGAAGAAGGCGAAAAGCCCAUUGCCAUGCAUCUUGACGGUGCUCGUCUUUUUGAUGCGGUUGCGGCCGAGGGCGUGGAUCUAAAGGAUUACUGUGCCUGUUUCGAUUCGAUCAGUAUCUGUCUUGCAAAGGGUCUUGGUGCUCCCAUGGGAAGCGUUAUUGUCGGAUCAAAGAAGUUUAUUCAUCGUGCCAGGUUGUUUAGGAAGAUGUUUGGUGGUGGUACGCGGCAGCCUGGAAUGAUGGCUGCUGCUGCCCUAAGUGCUUUGGAAUACACAAUGCCUCUUCUCCCCAAAGUUCACGCUUUAACAAAACGAACUGCCGAUACCCUGCGCCAAGCCGGAUAUAAAAUCUCGCUCCCCGUGCAGACGAAUAUGAUUGUUUUAGACCUGGAAGAAGUCGGUAUUCCGCCCGCAGCUUUCGUUGCAUAUGCAAAGCGGGCUGGCGUGACGGUUUUCCCGACUGGACGGCUCGUGUUUCAUCAUCAGAUUACUCCUGAAGCGGCGGCGAGGCUUGUGGAGGCGAUGAGGCUGCUUAUGGAAGAUAAGAAGGCGGGGAAGCAGUUGGAGAAUCAUAAGGUUACUGGUGGAUAUAUGUAAUGAUUGAUGAUGAUACUCAUGGUUCGGUCUUGGGUCGCACCGAUUGUUCUGUUUUGUUAAUACAUUCAGUUUUGCAUUUAUAGAAUAUAAUUGUUGAUAUCGUCGAUC